AUGGCUGGAGCUGAGGGUUGUAGAAUUCACCCCUGGACUGACUUUGCUUGGCACUACCCUUGGCGAGGCUACGGCUAUGCUAGACGCACAUCUGCAAGUCCUGGAAAAGAUUCAUAGCAAGCAGAGUCCAGUCGAAGAGUUGCUGAGACAAGCAGAUCAGCUGGUUGCCAGUCAACACACUCGUGCUGAGGUGUAUAACGCCAUGGCCGAGUCUCUGUCUGCAGCGUGGCAGGACGUCAACUCAUUGCUGCAGAGGAGGAAAGAAAUUUUGGAGCUGAACGUAAAAUACCACAGCGAUGCAGCCGUGUGCCUUGAGCGCACCCGUGCCCUGGAGCUGGCGUGUUCUGGCGCGCCUUUGCCUGUACAGGUCUCGGAUUUGCGGGAGCUGUUGAACCAUCUGUCCGAAGUGAAGCGAUCCAUGUUGGAGUCCCUCAUGGCUGCCUUACAAGAUGGUCGGGCAUUGCUGGAUUUGUUGCGUCAACUCGCAGCCGAAGGGACUCUCGACUCUCGACCCGGCCAGGUUCUAGCCUCCACUCAAGCUGCGAUAUCACAGGUGGAGAGAUGGCUGGAGGAGCUGCACGAUCGAAGGCGAGCACUCGAGUUCUCGUGGCAGACACGCAAGACUGAGCUGGAGCAAUGUCUGACACUGGCUCUGCUAACUACAGACCUGCGCAUGCUGGAGGAGAUAUACGCAGACAGGCUGGACAGUCUGAGUCGUCACCACGCAGAACUGGGCGACUCUGAGAGCAGCGCAAGACUGCUGCUCGACGAACAUCUUAAACUGCUACCUGAAGCCAAGGAGUUGCAAGACCAAGGCCUCAAAAUCCUAAGAGCUACUGAGCAGCUAGCGGCCACAGGUCACUUUGCAGGGGAGGACGCCAUUGCUCAGGCAUACCAACUGCUCAACACGUCCACUGAGUACCUGGACAAGCUUGACCUCAGGGAGCGCAACUUGACAGACGCCAUCACCUUUUUUACUGGCGCUCAGAUGGCUUUACAUCAGUUGACUAACCUAGAAAGAGAGUUGUCAUCAAGCGUCAGUGCCAACCAGCUGUCUAGCUUUGAGCACUCUGUCAAUGAGAUUUGUUCACCUGUAGUGAGCCAGGGAUACCAAAUACUAGAAUCAAUACCUGCAGCUAAGGGUGUUCAAAACAAGGUGGAAGAAAUUGAAAACUUAAAGUUGAAAUUAAGUUUGGCUGUUUCAAAUAUACAAGAGGAAAAACUCAAGUCCACACAGGCCUUAAACAACUUCCUAGAGAAGCAAAACCAGUUGUACUCUUGGCUGGUGAACACUGCAGAAUCCUUCAUCAACGGACACCAAGACAUGGGCAGUGUGUUGGCUGUGGCCAAAGACUUCCUCCAGCUGCACCAUAAGAUGCUCAAUGACCUGCAGAUGAAGGGAACUGAAAUCAACGCUUUGUUGUCGACUGUGCCAGAUUUGCUGAUCAGUUUGGACGAGUCUGACAGUGCUGAUGUUCAACAUAAGGCAGAGGCUCUGCGAAAUCAGUGGUCAUCACUCAAGCUGGUGUUAGAGAAACGAUUGGAGUUGGCAGCACAGUAUGUCAAGUUCCACACGCUCAUUGUUGAGCUUGCAUCACACGUAGACUCCUUGACAGAGCGACUGAACGGAAAACCAGCAGCUUCAGAGAGGGGCGAGAUUGACGAGACGUUUGCAACAGUCACACAAAUCUUCUCACAACUGGGAAACGUGGGAGAGAACUUCAAGCAGGAUUCGUAUCAGGGCCCCGAGCCACUGGACACGGCGCGCGCGAGACUCUCUGUUGACACGCUGAGCGACCACUUCACAGCUAGAGUGACGGGUGUGCGGGAACUGCGUGACGAUUGGGAGCGACGUCUGGACGCGGACCGGCACAGCGCGCAACGCUGGACCAACAAUAUGGCCGACUCUGAGAAGACAGUGGACUGGGUAAGUAAGCUGGAUGGUCAGCUGUACCCAGUGUUGGGAGAGUCUGUCAACUCAGCCAAGGCUACAGUCAGAGACCUGGAGACUUCCAGAGAUAGAGUCUUGUCAGAGGUGAAGAGAGCUCAGGGCGAGGUACAGCUACGGAUCUCUACUGCUGAUGAAAUACUGGCACAAGGUGGUGUUGAUCAGAGAGACAGUGAAGUACUCAGUCAGUUGAAGGCACUGCAAGACAGAUUACAGCAAGUAGUGACGGACUACCAAGUUUUGGUGCAGAUGUUUGUAACCUUUUUCAAGAACCUUUCAGAGUUGGAGCACACAGUGCAAGGACUGGAGGGCCAGUAUGAUAGUCUGCUGAAGACUUCUUCAUCCACAACACUGGCUGAUGUGGAGAAGGCACUGAGGGAACAUGAUGCGUCAAGACAAGCCAUCCAGGAACUGUUCAAGUUUGCUCAAACAGAGAGCCAACAGCUGAUAGCUAGGAUACGACAACAGGAGCCAGACAGAGCUGCGGAUAGAGAUACAGAGCAAGUGGCGCGUACCCUGGAGAGUCUACGGUCUGCGUGGGAGCGAGCCUGGGCGCAGCACCGGAUGGCGCUGGAGUCUCAGCAGCAACUGGCACAGUUUGACUGCGACUUGGGUCACAUCCAUGGCAACCUGGACGAGCUGGGUCAGCAGCUGGCCAAGGUCAAGGGUCAGUACGGCGAGAACUUGGCUGCAGCUAAGGCGACCUCACUGGCCUUCCACUACUUCGAGAAAACAAUUGAGUUGCUCGAGCAGAGGAUAGAGACUUUCAUGGGUGCAGGAGACGCCAUGUUGAAGAGUAAGCACUCCUCCUCCCCUCACAUACAGCAUGAGCUGCUAUCCCUGCGUACACGGUGGCAUCAGUUCCAUGAACAAGUCAUUGACACUCGCAAGAUGAUUGAUCUCAGCCUGCAGUACUUUGCUCUGAUAGAAGAGGCAGAAGAUUGGUUCCGAGAAGGCAGUAGGCUGCUGAUGACCAUAGCCAAGAGGUCAUCCACCAUCAGAACUCCUGAGGAAGCCAAUGAACUGCUGCAGGAGAUUGAGCUUUUCCUCAAACCUGGCGAGUCCAAGCAGGAUGAACGGAUUCAGAACAUAUCUGCCAUUGCUAUCAAACUUUACGGAGGAGGUAAGCCUGAUCACAUAAACCAAGUUAAGUCUGAGAGCCGAGAAAUGAUUGACUCUUUUUCACAAGUCAGUUUGGAACUGCAACAGAUAAUCAACUUCCUCAACAAACCACCAGAAGAACAGCAGAAGGAAAUUGUGGGUCUACAAGAAGCCUUACCCAUAGAAGAGGCUCCUACACGUAAGACUCCAAGCCCUCCUCUCAAGAAAGUCAAACUCGGAGAGCCAGAGCCUCUGCCACCCAACUUCACACUUCCACUUUACGAUGCUACCAUUGAUGAAGGCAGUCGCUUCACCUUUGAGUGCAGAGUGACUGGAAUUCCAAGGCCUGAGAUAUGUUGGUUGAAAGACAACAUCUCUAUAGGCAGCAACCUAGACUACCACACUCGCGAGGAGGACGAUGGACUCUGUUCUCUGACAAUCGAGGAAACCUUCGCAGAAGACUCUGCCUGCUUUACCUGCAGGGCUACCAACACGCUGGGCUAUGCGGAAACUACAGCUCUGCUCACUGUUCGAGAGAAUGAGCGAGAGAGUGCGCCAGUGUUUGUACGACCCCUGGCACCUCUGACGACACAGGAGGACAGUCCAGUCAGCCUAGUGUGUGUGGUGGAGGGGACUCCACUGCCCACUGUACAGUGGUUCAGAGAUGGGUUGUGUGUGGACACAGAACCUCGCUACACCAUUACCUACAACAACGGUGAAGCUGUGCUAGCCUUGGACCAAGCAACCAAACAUGAUCAGGGAGUUUUCAGUUGUAAGGCGACAAACAGGAUUGGUUCAGAGACCACAGCAGCUUCGCUUUCCAUUCAACCAAAGAUAUCAGACACGGCGCCAGUGUUUGUCACACCAUUGUCCAAUGUGAUGGCUAGAGCAGGACAGAAGAUCAAGCUGGAGGGUGAGGUCAGUGGCAGCCCCGAGCCUCAGUUGCAGUGGAACCACAACGGCAAGAUGUUACCUGAGGCGAGGGAUAUCAAGGUGCAAUACCAGAGUGGCAAGAUAGUGCUGACAAUACCAGAAGCUUUUCCAAAGGACGCUGGGACGUACAGUCUGACUGCUACCAACUCUGCUGGUAGUGUCACUGGCUCAUGUACAGUUACAGUUAAAGGUCGGCUUCCCACGGAGACGUCAGACUCAGAGAUGGCCAGUGACUUGGAGCCUACAAAACCCUCCAUACCUACUCCGCUCAGGGACUCGGCAGUGUUUGAGGGAGGCAAGGCUCGUAUGGAGUGUGUCAUUAUAGGCCAGCCUGAGCCAGAGGUGAUCUGGUACCACGAAGGUGUCCCUGUGAAGGAGUCCAAGGAGGUACAGUUGCUGUUCCAAGGCGACCGCUGUUCUCUAGUGAUAGCAGAGACAUUGCCUGAGGAUGCUGGACUGUACAAGGUGGUGGCCAUCAAUUCUGCUGGGGAAGCUUCCAGCUCUUGUCACCUUACUGUGCAAAAGUCAGGUAUUGAGCCUGAGUUGCCGCCGUCACCAGUGGUGGAGUUACAGCCCAGCGGCCUCACACCUGUGUUCAUCUCCCUACUGACUGACGCUCUGGCUACUGAGGGCGACUGUGUCACCUUGGAGUGUGCUGUCAAAGGUGAACCCACGCCUAGUGUGUCAUGGUCUCUCAACAACAACCCUCUCCUGCCUUCUGACAGAAUCAAGAUGAACGAAGACAGCUCUGGGCUAUGCAUACUAACCAUCAACCCAGUGACUGCAGAAGACAAAGGAGUGUACACAGCCAGGGCUACCAACCCUCUGGGAGAGGCAAAGUGUUUCUCCCACCUUAUAGUGAAGAGUGCUGCCAACCUCACUUCUGCCACUGCCUCUGCUGCUACUGAGGAGCCCCGUACUGCCCCCACAGUCCCCGCCUUCACUGAACUGUUUGCUGACAGAUCUGUUGUAUUGGGGGCCUCGACCAAGUUUGAGUGCAUUGUUACGGGGAAACCUACUCCCAAGGUGCGAUGGUUGUUCAACGACGCACCAGUGUCCGGGUCACAGUUUCUUCCCUCAGUCAGUGGCAGUCGUCAGGUUUUGACCAUCCCGAGUGUGACCUCAGAGCUUGUGGGCAAGGUCACAUGCACGGCUGAGAACGAGGCCGGACGAGCGAGCUGCACAGCCGAUCUCACAGUUGCAGAUGCCCCACCAGUGGAUGACUUGCUACAGUCAAUAGAUCAACUGAACUUGACGGAGAUGAAGGUGUUUGAGAUGAAGCGAGAAGUGAUGAUGCAAUCGUCCACCCACAGUCAGCACGUGGUGGGCGGGGGAGAGCCUACAGUACAGGUACAUGGGGUGGCGUCUAGACAUGAACACACCUCCAAGCAGAUCGGGGACCAGCCUGCAGUACAGACUGAGUCCCACAAGACCAGUGAGUACCACAAUGUAGGAGGUGUGGAGGAGAAGAUCGACACCCAGAGUCACAGUGCGGGGAUGGUGCCGCCCGGCGCAGUGGUGCCUACUGGUGCAGUAGUGCCAGCCAGGCCGGCGCAGCAGCGCAGACAAGUACCUCCUCGCUUUGUCACCCCGGUGAUGGGCAAGAUUGUGGACCAGGGUGUAGACGUAACUCUGGAGUGUAUAUUGGAAGGUUAUCCUACACCUGAAGUAACAUGGAAGAAGAACGGCCAGCCGGUAGUUGAGGGAGAUCGAUUGCGGACAUCUUGGGAACUCAAUAAAGCUCGGCUGCAGAUGAGUUACGUACAUGUAGAGGACGCAGGAAAAUACAGCUGUACAGCCGUGAACCCAGCUGGUACUGCCACUUGCACUGCCGACCUGGUCAUUAAAAAGCACGUGUUCCCGCCAGUGUUUGGCCGCAGGUUGAGAGCCGACACAGUGCCGGUGGGCAAGCGAACUGUGCUGGAGGUGGAGGUCACGGGGACACCUGACCCAUCUGUCACUUGGUACAAGGAUGGUCAGCAGAUAGCUGCGUCCUCAUCCAUGUACAGAGUACUUGCUCAGGGAAACUCACACAGGCUCAUCAUUGAACAAGCGUCCCACUCCCACAGUGGGAGGUACGAGGCGAGAGCCACCAACGACGGGGGAGAGGCGAGGACUGCGGCCGACUUGUUGAUAGUCGACCCUCUCGAAUCCCAGCCUAUGUUGCCCGCAGAUUUGGGAAUGGAUAUCUUCAAACCAUCUGAUUUAUCCUCGUCAAAGCAUACAGUCUCAGUAACAGAAUCGUUCAAAAGUGAUAAGAAGAUUUCAAUCCAUGUUGAAAAAUCUGCAACUCCAUUUGACCUUGAUUUACCGACUCUGAGUAUAAAGCAGACCGAGUUGCCGUCUUCUAACUAUAGUGAAAAGUUUGAUGUAUCAAAGAAAGAAGAGAAAGAAACAAUAUAUACACCGAUGCAGGAACCUGUAUUGCUGCCACCAAUACAGGCUUUGAACUCUGAAAUGAUUCAGUCUGAUGCAAAUGAAACCGUUAUCGAGGACUCUUCUAUUUCUAAAAAGAGUGCUCUAAGCUUUUUCAAAAACAUAAUUAAAGAAAAUGAAGAAGAAACAAAAUCAUCAAAGCAGUUUGAGCCUGUCAAGAAACCUUUCAUUUCCGAAUCAAUGUCUACAUUUGAAUCAAGCUUGCCUCCUUUGUAUGUAGAAAAUCUACUACCGGAACCGGUUUCAUUUACCCAGACCAGCUUUCAAGAAACAUCACAGAAUUUUGAAUCUAUCUACACCAGCGAUGGUCUUGUACUUCAACCUGAACCUCCGCCUGAGAUGGGGUUUAUUUCAAAGUCACAAGUUUUCAAAAAUAAAGAUGAAAUAUCAGAAAAAGUUAAGAAACUUGAAGAAUCUCACAAACUUAUUCCUGAAGAGCAAAUUCCAUCAGGUGGUGUAAGGAUUUUUCCGACUCCUCAGAAAGCACCACCCGAAAAAAUAAUUGCUCAUAAAGUUCCUCCUCAACCAUUGCAAACUGUUUUAUCAGAUUCUACAUCAACACAGACUAGUAUCCAAGAAACCAUUCAUGAACCAGUCAAGCCACCAUUACUGCCAGAAAGUUCUUUUCAAACUUCCUAUUUACCAAGCCCUCCUGAGAAACCUCAAACAAAACCUGCUCCAGUCCAAUUCAAUGUUGCAAAGUUUGAUUUUGCAAAGAAAACUGAACCGAGCCAAACAGAAGUUUCAACUGAAUCGUUUAACAGUUUCCAGUCGAGUAGUUACAAAACUGAAACUUUGAAUGGAGGAGACUUUGGCAGUCAAACAUUUGAUUCUCUUGGUCCUAUAAUCAGGCCAUCAGCUGAUAUUCAGGUGAGACCACAAUCACCCAGACCAUCUGCUGAAGGAGUCAACAUGGAAAAGUUAUGGACUUUGAAACAAAAAGAAGAUAUUGUGGAGUACGCUUGCUCUUCUCCGGUUGAAUUUUUUGCUCCCGUAAUAGAAUCUAAAGAAUUUAAAUCUGAGGAGUUUAAGUCAUUUAAAGAGAUCAAACAUACAGCAUCACCAGUACCUUCAGCUACCGGUCUUGCGUUGGAAAAAUUAUGGGCUGCUCCUGUGGACAAAUUAAGGCCUCUUUCAUCACUGUCCAUUGAAAGGCCAAAAUCUGCUCUCUCUGAUAGACCAAAAUCUCCUUCAGCUGAGGGGUUGGCAAUGGAUAAAAUUUGGGCUCACAAAGUCUCGACUCAAAAAAUGGUCUGGCCUCCAGUUCAACCAAAAGAAGAGCCUCAGACCAGCCCACCUUGGUCUCAAAAGACUGAUGAAGCGUCACCUUCAAACAUAGCUGAUAUAUCAUCUCAGACAUCAAUGCAAAAUGAAAGCUUUACAGAGAAUAAUGUCAAGUAUGAAUCUCAGUCCUUCUCUAAAAUGGAAAGUUCAUCUUUUUCGUCUUCAAACUUUUCAGAAAACAUAAAAACAUCUGAGAGUGCUUUCAAGGAAUUUAAAAAUGUUAAGCCAUACAUUCCACCAACUCCUCCUCCACCAGAAUCAAAGAUAAUAUACGUUGCUGAAGCCCAUGCUUCUCACACUACUAAUAUUCCAGCAAUCGAACCGUUAGUUACAGAGUCAAGCUUUAUGUCAAGCUCGCAAUCUUAUGAGAAGAUGGAGAAAACUGUAACUGAUUCAUCAGUGGUAGAAGAAAGAGUUAUCAGACCAUCAGAAGCAGUGAAACUUUGGCCACCUCCUCCUAAAGAAAGUAAAGAAUGCGCAAGCAGCUAUGAAAAACGGGAAAUUAAAAACGAAUUUUCUUCUUCAAUAACUGGUGAAAAUUCUCUGAAUAAUAUUCCAUUACAGCCUGGGCCUCCACCAGAAAUAGGGUUUGCAGAACCUCCUAAAAGACGCCAAUCUUAUGUGGAAAGCAUAGAGCAAGACAUUGAGAAAAAUAUUGAUAAAACACCAUCAAAGCAUUUACCAGGAGCAGUAAGAAUAAUUCCUCCACCACUGAAGAAAGAAAAAGUAGUUUCGUCUGAAGUUAGCUCUAAAAAGAAACAAGUUUCUUCAAGUUUUAAAGAAAAUAAUGUUAAUAAAAAACCAUACGAGCCUGAAAGUAUAAACAAACCUUUACCAAAACUUGAACCGUUCCCCUACAAACCAGAUCCACCACGAAAUAGACCAUCUAGGUGCCCCCCACCGCCUCGUCCUAGCAGGUUUGUGAAAGGGUCGUGGACAGAAAGUGAAUACGAGAGUGAUUGUGACUCUGUGAGGAUUCCUAUCAAGUGGAAUCCCUGGCAGAGUGAUUCUGAAGAUUAUUGCUACAAAAAAGUUAAACCUCCGACUCCAGUUGCCACCAAACGUCCACACUCAGCCUCUGGUAGAGCAGUUCCUCCCACAGAGUUUGAGAAACCUCCACCACUUCAAGGCCCUUCUAAACCUGCACCUCAGCCAUCAGAGAUGUCCAAGAGCGCCAAGAGUAAAAUCAUUAAAACGGAAGAAAUACACCAGAAAUCUGUCGUAUCAAAGUCGGUUCAAAACAAGUCAGUUGGAUUGAAACCAGGCUCACCUCCUCAGUAUGUUGAAGCUCCUGCUCCAAAGCAUAAGCCAGCUCCCAAACCAGGGUCACCAAAGGCCAAGACGAAGGUUGUUCAACCUCCACCGUCAGACGGUUACACAGCUGAUACGGACGAACCUUCCCGUCAGUACAAGGCUAGCGUCAAGACUGAGGAGUCAGUAGUCUCUAGGAUGGAACAGUCUGUCACCAUGGAACAGAAGACUUUCUCUUCCAAGACUUCAACUAAGAAGGAGUCUUCACAAAUGGAGUUUCAAUCUUCUGUGGUGAAGAGAGAGGAACCACCGUUGGAACCAUUCCCUUUCAAGCCUGACCCUGUCCGGCCAGCCAAGCGGUCCAUGGGUCCACCACCCCCAUCCCCCUCCAAGUUCAUCAAGGGUGAGUUCAGGGAAAGCGACUACGAAAGUGAAUACGAGGGUAAAAUAAAACCCAUCUGGCGGCCUGGCGACCCUCCAGAAGAUAUGAGCUUCCGUCCCGUCAGGCCCGUGUUGACUCCUGUUAGUGGUAAAACGCAGAACAUCGGGCGAACACCUACACCUCCGACAGCAUUUGACGAGCCUCCCAGCUUCAACGGCCCUCCUCGGCCCAAGUUUGAGCCUAUCGAUAAACCGACAUCAGCGACCAAAGUGAAAGAGACAAUAGUGGAGAAGACAAAAGUGAUAAGACCGACACCAGUUCAGUAUAAGCCUCAAGCCCCGUCUCCAGUUGAGACCAUUUAUGCAACUCCGGCAUCGAGACCUGUACCAGAGUUCAUCCUCAAACCUGGUUCCCCUCCAAGGAUGGAUUACGCCCCCCCUCGCCCGGGUUAUGUGGAAAAAUCAAACAUAGUGAACUUUACAGAAUCAACAGCGAGUAGUAAACGUGUUGUGAGUGUCCAGCAGACGACGAGGGUAGUGCCGCUCAGGAAAGAGAAUAUUCCACCGAAGUUCUCUGCAAGGGACAGUGAUUAUGAUAGUGAGGUGGAUGGUGUAGUGAGGACUUCUUACUUGGAUGCUGAAAAGAAAAGACUGAAGAGAGUUGAAGAAAUGAAAAGGAAGUUUCUGGAAUCCGAGCCACACCUUCAACCAGGAGAACCCCCAGAAUUCGCCUUCAGUCCAGAGCCUUCCAAACUGGCAUAUUCAGCUGCUUCAAAGCAAAUGAAUGAAAUGACAAAAACAUUCAAGGGUAAAACACAGAAGUUUGUGUCAGAUAUCAUCACAGAAAUCAAAACAAAUCAGAAGGGGAAACCACCUGAUGAACCACAAACAUACAGAGAUGAAAACCGCCUCAGCGAGUAUGUGUCGCCUGGCAGCCCAUGGCUUGGUACUGAAGGGCCUAAGAUGGUCAGAGCCAUAUCUCCUGGAGAACAACCUAAGAAGGUUCCUCUCUUCAUCACUCCCCUCCGGGACAUUGCCUGUGUGAACGGCCAGCCUGCGAGGUUUGAGUGCAUCGUGUUGGCAGAACCAAGUCCUGAUGUUGUGUGGUCAAAGGAUGGAUCUGUGUUGACACCUUCACCAGAUCACCAGACAGAGUACCGCAAUGGUGUCUGUAGACUUACACUACCAAUCGCCCGGCCAUUUGACGCGGGCCAGUACUCGUGCACAGCCAACAACAUCGCAGGAUCCGCUACCACCUCCGCCAGUCUACAAGUGCCAGGUGAGAGGAGGAAUGUAUAUCCUUGAGGCUCGGGGAGUAUCCUUCUCCUUCUCCUGGGUCUAACAUGCAUCGGUCCCAACCCUCGCUUGGUGGUGGUUGGUUACAGGGUCUGGUGUCUUGUCAAUACUCGCCUUGUUAGCAUAAUGAAAUCCAUUGAUUAUAGAUUGAAAUUUCAAACUUUUCCAAUAAGCUAGACACUUACUGCAGCACCAGCUCAAUAACCACUUCUGUAGUGUCGUACCAAAGGAAAUAACGGUUUAAUUACUGAGCGCCUACGUACAAUUGUGACAGCGGAACUACUGUUGAAAUAGUGAAUCGAAACAGUUAGGUAAUUUCUACCUGUUCUAAUGUGAUUUAACUUAAAAAUCAAAAACAAAAAUAUAUAUAUAGCCUGUAUAGAAAUGACAAUUGAGCACUUGCCUGAACCGGUUCUGAACAAAAAUCUAUCAUUGCCCAAUCUCAGCUUAAUAAGUUAACCUGCAAACUUUGCUAAACAAUCACGAAAGGCUGGUUUUAGGAAAUAAUUAAAAACCUCUUACACCAAUACCGUACUAAUACUAGACCAGUGGUGUUUUAUCGUAACUCAAAAUUAUUUCUACCCAAGCCAGAAAAAAACCUGUGAAUAUGUUUAAAAAUAAACAUUUUAUUCAAGAUUUUUUUUUAACACCUUAGUUUAUGAAAGUAUACAAAUGUUCAUAAGCUACUCUUUUUUAAUGAAAAACAUAAGUUUUUUUAGCCUAAUGAUAUUUUGAUAUAGGAGCGCUAGACAGAAAUUUUCUAAAUAUGUGUUUGCUUUAUUGAGACACUUUGUGGUAUAUACCAAUCUAUUACUGAAUUUCAAUCUUAUGUCAAGAAUUCGUUAACAAGGUAGUAUUUUUUACAUUUGUGUAAACCCAAAGCUUUAUAAAGAAAUCCUGAAUUUAAUAAAUUCAUGUUUGGAUCACUUUCAAUUAUGUUAGUGAUUGAUAUUACAUAUCUCUUUAUACAAUUUUAAGAUAUUACGUGUUUAACCACUUGUUUCAUUAGUGGGCUAUCUUUUCUUUUUUUGUUUAACUACUUGCAUUGCUUUUCCUUUAGACAUAUUUAUUUUAAAUUCCACAGUGAUUUUUUGAAGACUUUUGUGUUGUUCCACCGUAUUUUUGUGAUGUAAACUUCCUUUUCUUAUGAACUCGUUUAUAUUAAAAUUAAAUAAAGCAACUGUUAACUCAUUCACCCAGCACAUUUGCUGAAAUAGGGGUAUUGUACAGUAUUGAAAAUGUUAAGACUUAAAUACUUUGCCUAUUGAAAUAUUUAUUUUACUUACUAACACAGGAUAUGGUGUAAUUAUAGUUACAUAUUCGUACUUAACAAAACAACACAAACAAUCUUUCAAAGCCUAAUGGGAGCUGUACAUGUUUAUCCUUUUUAAAGGUUUUCGGAUUUUGAAUGUUAUAAGUAUUAUAUUAUUACAUUUAGUUAUUGUUAAUUGUCUAUGUAUUUUAUAUUAAAGUGUUAAUGAAUGUGUAUUGUAUUGGAUGCUUUGGCGAAGAAAUAAAUCUUGGUUCUGCUGGGUUGGUCUUUUC